AAAAACAACACAUUCUGCUAUCCAAAUCAAUCCACCUUUCCACUCUUAACAUUUUUAUUUCUAUUCACUUGUCAGCAAAGCACUAGCAGAGACACAGGACAAACCACGAUAUAUAGAACAAGUCCAUGGCAUAAGAAUCAAAGGGUAAUGUAUGUAUUCAUGUUCAUAGUUUGUGAACUAUAAUAACAUAGACAAGAACACAAUUAAUGGCUGGAAUGCUUCCUGGAGUUGAAUGUGCUAGAAGGAGAAGGUUUCGUCGAUGUUCGGAUUCAAAUUCAACUUCUUUGGGAUCACAUGCAUCCACAAGGCGUUCUUCUUUCUGUUUGUAUGCUAGUAACCAUGAUCAAUGUCGCCUUUUCUCAUCCUCUUCCCUGCAAAGAAGCAUGUUAUACCAGGCACACCCUGAUGAGAAUAUGGGAGGAGUGGCCAGAGAAGCCAAACAGAGAUUGGAUGACAAGUUCAGAGCUCAAAGGAUGUCAGAAAACAAAAGGCAAAACAACACAAAAUGUGUGGAGGGCAAAAGAACAAGCAUAAUAGUGUUGCACACAGAGGAAUAUGGGUCAAAGAAAAGUGGUUCAAGGAGGUUCAGUUGGACCAAAUGGAGCUGGAAAGCAUCAGAACAAGAGGAAUGUGCUGUGUGCUUGGAAUCAUUCAGAGUUGGAGAGACACUGAUCCAUCUUCCUUGUGCCCAUAGGUUCCAUGACAGAUGCUUGAAACCAUGGUUGGAAAAUAAUUCUUAUUGUCCAUGUUGCAGAACUACCAUUCUUCCCCUCUAGAUUUUACUUUUCCUUGUGUGCAAUUGUAGUCUUGGUUGGAUGAAUCAUGAAUUCAAGAAUUUUGGCUUAAUGACUUGCAUUUUGAGAGACCAAUAGUUUGACAUUUGAAUUUUGAAACCAUUGUUGUAUCUCUUAGAAUUGUGGGUUGAGUUUAAUUCUAUCCUACGAAAUUAACUUGUAAGGUGAAGAUUGUCCUUACUUA